AUGACCUUGGAGACAUCGGACACUGAAUUUAGUGAUGAACCUUUGCUGAAUAGUAAUGAUUCUGCAUCUGGCAGUUUACCAAAAGCUGUGGCUAGAUAUGAAACAAGCUUGUCCGAAGCAGCACUUAACUGCAAGAAAAACUACAAAUUUGACUUGUUGGAUCUUUUGACAACAUCUACUAAGUCAAACCAAUGUAUGCUUGGGAUCGAUGAAGCUGGGAGAGGUCCAGUCCUUGGCCCUAUGGUUUAUGCAUGCGCCUUGUCACCAAUAAGUCGGUUGAAUGAACUAAAAACUAUUGGACUUGCUGAUUCAAAGACAUUAAAUGAAAAUCAACGUGACAAACUUCUUAAAGAGAUGUUGAAUAAAUGUGAUUGGAUAUCAGCUGUCGUCCAUGUGAUUAGUCCUGUAUACAUUACCGAGAAAAUGCUAGAUAAGUCGAAAACUAGUUUAAAUGCUAUAUCUCAUGAUUCAGCCAUACAACUUAUUCAAUCAGUUCUUGACAGUGGAGUAAAUUUGGUUGAGGUUUACGUUGAUACUGUUGGCAAAGCUGAACAUUAUCAAACUAAACUACAAAAUCUUUUUCCUCAAUUAAAAAUACGUGUUGAAAGCAAAGCUGAUGAUAUUUAUCCAAUUGUGAGUGCUGCUAGUAUCUUCGCAAAAGUUACUCGGGAUCGAGUUCUUCAAAUGUGGCCUAAAGAAGAACGUGGGAGUGUACCCGAAGGCACUGGUCUUGGUUCUGGCUAUCCAGGUGAUCCCGUCACCAAAAGUUAUUUACGUGCAUGUAUGGAUCCAGUUUUUGGUUUCCCGUCUCUUGUGCGAUCUAGUUGGUCAACUGCAUCUUCUCUAUUAGACCAACAUGGUGUAUCAGUUAGGUGGGAAGAUGAUGAAACACACGAAGAAGUAAUUCAAGCUAAAAAACUUGCACGAAAACGUGAGCAUUCAAAAGGUACUUGUAAAUUAUCUAAUUAUUUCAAUAAUGCUCAGUCGAGAUCGUCCACACCUGAUGCGUUACAGAGACAACCAUUUUUUGUACGAACUGGUCUUGUGCAUGUUCAGACUAUCACAUAA